CACUGCUCUCCCGCUGGCUCGGUGCUGAAGUUGGGCGGAUGGCAGCGAGCGGCGCGCUGAUGGAGAUAAACCGGCGGCGCUCCCCUUCACCCUGUCAUACUCCCAAUAUCGGCACAACACACGCGUAAAGCCCCCCUUUUCUCGACGAGGGACGUCUAGAGCGAAAGGAUGUGUCAUCCUGGUUCGCCUUGGCGUUGAUUCCAAGAGACGCAUUUGCCUGUGAUCACCAGGUGUAGCAAACCUACCUCUACUUACUAGACCUUCUCCUCAAGCAUCCUCGGUCAGGGAUGGUAAGAGAAGAGACGGGCGGCCGUCCUUUCAAUUCCACCGUCCUCCCUAACUCAGCCUUUGACAUAAUCACCAUGAGGUUUCUGCCUGGUCUGUGGAUAGACAGCUGCUAAUUUGCAUGCCUCAGAGUGUGAGUGGAGUUGAAAUGAGGAAGCGGCAGCAGGCGCAUAUUGAAGGACCCCCGCAGGCCCCUGGUCAUCCAAGGCCGAACACCUGCUGUCUCUGCUGGUGUGGUUGCUGCAAAUGCCUCUGGAAUGAGGAGAGAAGGGAGCGUCCAGAGCGACAAACAUGUACAAAAAUGGACAGCAUAGAAGUGACGGAGGAACAGCAUCCCACACUGGAUGAAAUUGUAGCCUGGGCACGAAGCUUUGAGCUAAUGAUGCGCUCCUCAGAAGGCAGGGACGUUUUUAGGGAGUUCUUGCGGUCAGAGUACAGUGAAGAGAAUCUGAUGUUCUGGAUAGCCUGCGAGGAACUAAAGAAGGAGACCAACCCCUCAGCUGUAGAUGAGAAAGCCAGAAUCAUUUAUGAGGAUUAUGUAUCUAUCCUAUCACCGAAAGAGGUCAGUUUGGAUGCCAGGGUGAGAGAAGGUAUCAACCAGAGCCUGGCAGAGCCGAGCAGUCUGAUGUACGAGGAGGCGCAGCUGCAGAUUUACACCCUCAUGCACAGAGACUCCUUCCCCCGAUUCCUCAACUCAUCAGUUUACAGGGACCUCCUGGAAAGAAAGAGAGCCUGCUUAGACACCUAAAGGUUCCAACCAAAAAAAAAAAAAAAAAAACAGAAAAAACAACAAAACACUUGAGACAAAAAGCCCUAAGGUGCCACUAUUGAGAGGUGUGAUGUUUCCUUUUCAUAGAGCGAGUAGUUAAGCAAUUCUGAUUGUCCAGUAGUGACCCUGAAGUUCACUUCCUGUUUAAGUGCCAAUAUAAGCUGCUCAGGCAACUGUGACAAAGAGAAAACUGUAAGGAAAACCGUCCAGAGCCCUACUUUCCUGUUCUUUACUUGUCUUUCUCAUUCACUCCUUCUCUCUCUGCUUUCUCUCUCUCUCUUGUUCCCUCUCUCUCUCUCUCUCUCUCUCUCGCUCUCUCUGAUGGCGCCUGUCCUUUUCUCACACUUCUAUGCCUCACGUGUUUGAGGACAGCUGAAUAAUGAUGAUUUUUUUUUUUUUUUUUACGAUUGGAUAAGAGUUUCCAUUACGUGAGAUAACAACAUCGACUUUGCAUGAAACAAGGUUAUGGAAUUUAUUCUAGCUUGACGUUUAAACCCUGGCAGGACUACAGUGGCGUUUGAGUAAGAAAUGCAUUAUUAUGCUGUCGUAGCAAGAGAGCCUUUAAAGCUCUUGUAAGCUAAGGGAAAUUUAAAUUUGCCAAAUGUUCUCCUUCUCUCCUUUGAUCUAUUAAGCUGUCAUCUGUCCGCUCUUGUCCGUCUUGACGACUCUUUCACUGGGAAAUGUAAGGGCUAGUAUUGUGGUUGGGCAGCUGCUAAAUGAAUCACGAACAUUUACUUUCCUCUGCAAAAAUCAUAAUGCCUCGAUAUUGAAUAAGGGCACAGAAGCUGCUGACGCUGACCAACAACCACAGUUAAUUGUGCGAGUCCACCUAGGCCCUCCCAGUCCACUCCUCACUGAGAGAAGCACAGGUACUGUAUGUCAUUGGUUGUAAGCAUUGCUGGAUUAAGAGUUUUGCUUGAAAAUAAAUCAACAACAUCUCAGAGGUA